GGAAGUUUGAGUUUCAAUGCUCUCCGAUAAAACUGACUGUGGAACUAGUCGUAUAUAUAACAGCAACAAGUGGCGUUAAGCAGAGGUCCAUUAUAAUUUAUUGAUCACGAUGACCAACAGCAGCUUGUUCUACGUCAAUACGAUCCUUUCCGUUCUGUUGGUUCUUCUCUUGGCGAUAUUUAUAGUUGUACCUGCACCGCUGAAAGCCUCGUUCGACCGUUACAGUAUAGAUAACAAUUACGAUCCGGCAACAAACGCUGAAGUGAAGUACUUGUACACGUCGUAUAAGAAACCAGAUAAUAAGAAACUCUUGGUUUGGUUUCAAGCUGGUGCAUUUGUCAUGAAGAAUCGUAAGACACCGUACGGCUUGCUCAAUUGUCUGAAUGACGCUCUCGUCGAGUUCGACAUUCUCACAUUUGACUUGCCGAUUCGUUCUUCAUACACCGUGCGCGACGCAAUGCUCACGACCAACGAGCUCCUCGGCCGAUUCAAAAAGUACGAUGAGUACUAUGCGGCAGGUUUUUCAACCGGGGCGCUGCUUAUGGGUUCGUUUAUGAAAAAGGAGAUGGACGAAGAGACCUCUCGUAAAAUGGGCGUACCCGCAAUUGGAAUACGGUUCAAAGCGAUCGUUGGUCUAUGCGGUCUGUACAGUACGAAAUUCGAUGAUUCUAACCUCGAAUCGUUAUUCAAAUUUUAUAUCAUGCGCGACGAUUCGAAUUCUCAUCUAUACUCGUGCUCCGACUUGGAUGUACCUAUGUUGGUAAUCGGUGCGACCUCGGAAUUCCUGUACACGGAUCAAACUCGGAAAUUUCAUUGUGCAGGAAAAUGCGAGAAGAAGCUUUUUAGCGAGACUCCGUUGCCUCAUGAAUUUCCGCUAAUGAUGGAUUUGCCCGAGGCUAAAGAAUCCGCAGAAACUGUAAUACAAUUUCUUCGUGAGAAUUAACCAAAAGAAUUGUUUAUAUACGAGAGAAUGAGAACGAGACGAU